AUGCGGUUCCCCCAUGAAGGCGGCACCACCGAGGCCAUCUGGGAAGACGGCGACGUUGGUGAUGAUGUGCAGAAAUACGUGAUUUCAGUCUUCGCCGCCAUAGCUUGGUGCAAUUCGCUCGAGCUCAUCGUCCUCUGUUUCAGCACCUUCAAGAGAUACCGUGGUUGUUAUUUUUGGAGUUUGUUGAUCUCGUCGGCCAGCCUCAUCCCACACUGUCUUGGCUACAUAUUCUACAUCUUUCCUCUCGGCAUCUCACCUUAUGUCUCGGUGACUUUGAUCCUUCUAAGCUGGUGCGUGAUGGUAACGGGACACUCGCUCGUCCUGUGGUCGCGCCUCAGUCUUGUCCUCCAAACGCAGAAAGUUCUUAAGGCGAUUCUUGCUAUGAUCAUCAUCGACGCUAUCAUCUUACACACACCGACCGUUGUCCUCAUGUACGGAUCUAUCACGCAAGAGCCAUUCGCCAAAGGCUACAACGUCAUGGAGAGAAUUCAGCUUGUCUGGUUCUGUGUCCAGGAAGUGAUCAUCUCGGGGACAUAUGUCUGGGAAACGGCAAAGACCUUACGAAUUCGUCCCGAAAGCCACCACCAUAAAAUCCUUGCCCAACUUCUUAUCACCAAUAUCGCCAUCCUCAUCCUCGAUGUCGCCGUUGUCGGAAUCGAAUAUGCCGGAUACUACGCUCUUCAGGUUAUGUUUAAACCGGUGGCUUAUAGCGUCAAGUUCAAACUCGAAUACGCGAUACUGGGACGACUGAUUCAGAUAGCCAAGGGGGCUUGUUCGAACGAUAGUCCAUUGUCCUACACGCCACAAGAGUCGAGUUCGCACCGAUCACAUCACGGACGCUGGGGUAGCGGUGGCCAGGAGGACGCCAUUGAUCGGGAGAUCCGGGCUUGCAUGGAGCCUGUUGAAACAACAGAAUGUCGCCGGCGAUCAUCAGUCAUUUGUUGA